AUGGGUCGUAAAUCCUCCUCUACGGCGGUCACUAAACCCUCCUCCGCCUCUGCCUCUGCGCCUGCAGGGUCGUCAGGAAAUUCAUCGACGCAAAAGUCUUCUGUGCUCAGAUCUGCCUUUACGCCCUCGAGUUUCCAAUUACACCUGUUCGCCUCGGUGAUUCAGAGCUUCAAUUCCCACCAACUGCGCAUUCAUGACACAGACACCGGCCGCCUACGUUGCCAACACGAGACCACAUCUGGUUCGAGAAUCACCUGCCUCGAAUGGGGAUACUAUGGUGUUGCAUUCCGCGAACAACACCAAUCAUCCCCGACAAAGAAACGUAAGAGAGAUCAGAACAAUGUCACGGGUGCAGUGAUUGCCUAUGGGACCAACACCUCGGAGGUGUGCAUGUUCUCGCCUGCGGAAGGCAAAGUUGUGGGCAUUCUCUCUGGUGUCCAUGAAAGAGGUGUCAAAGACUUCAAAUUUUCCCCCUCGGACUACAUGGAGGCCUGGAGUAUAGGUGGGGAUGGAAGAUUGGUGCAAUGGGAUCUCAGCACUAAUCAGCCUAAACGAACGAUAAACCUUCCAGAUCCUGCUAUUAGUGUCCUCGCCAGCCCGUCGCAAAAUCUUCCUCAGAUCCUCUGUGCAUCUGCUACCCCAUUCGCAAUUGAAGUCAAGUCCUCGGACGACUUCCGGAUAGACCAGUACGACUCCUUCAAAAACACAGUCCAUUCACUCGUCAGGUCUACCUCGGGAGAUGCAACGCUUUCCGAACACUUUAUUGCGGCGGACUCCGACAGAUACCUCAAUGUGUAUGACAUUCCACAUAAAAGGUUGGUACGGACCCUGGUGGCCGGAGCUGGUGUUAUGGAGGUCGACUUGUCGAGCCCGUCGCAGGAGACUUCGGAGGUCUUGAACCAACAGAUCCUCUGUGCCGUUCUGAAAGAUGGAUCUGUCGAGUUGUUCCCUCGGCCUUUCGGACAACCGCCGCAGGUCAACGGAGACUUGAAGUCCAGUCGGAAAAACCUGACGCAGAAGGCGUCGGCCUCGGUCCAACUGGUCAACCCUGGUUCCAAUGGCAAGCAUGUCCCUGUGGUCGCGGCCUCUUUGAGGGGCCCUGAUCUCGUCAUUGCCUCCGCGGAUGGUGGUGUAGAUCUUGCUUUCCAGAAGAUCAGAUGGCAAGAUGAAGGCAAUGGAGAGUUGCUGUUUGACGGCGUGAAAGAAGUCGUCAAGGUCAAAAGCGCCUCUACGUUAAGCAGUGCGACCUUGAACGGUGUCAAAAGUAUAGGCAAGUCCCACGUUGACGAAUCAAAAGCCGUUGUUGUCAAUGGUGCUGCUGGAGGACCUGUGUCCAAUACAAUUGAAAUCUCAAGCAGCGACAGUGAAGAAGCAGCCGACGAUGAUCAAGAGGAGCAUUCUGAUGAGGACGGCGCUCAAGACGGAAGUGAGGAAAGGGAGGACGAGGUUGCCGAUGAGUCUUCGAACGAAGAAUCAGACGAAGAGGUGGGUGAAGCUCCCGGUGCAGGUGCCGACACGAAGGCCGCAGAAGACGAGGAGAUGAGUGACGGCGAAGAGCCCACGUUUGGUGAACUGCUGUCCUCCAAGCAUCCGAACGAGAUCUCUAUCGCCUCCGCUCUUCCUGACGCCGCUGCUUCGACCUUGACGAUAAAGAACGGCCAGCCGGUCGUUCCCUCGGGCAUGUCCCUUGGCACCGUCCUCACUCAAGCGCUGAAGACCAACGAUCAGAGUCUUCUUGAGGCAUGUCUCCAUACGCUGGACAUCAACAUCGUCAAGAACACUAUUCAGCGCCUCGACAGCAGCCUUGCCGGUAUCUUGUUGUCUAAACUGGCAGAGCGCCUCGCCAGUCGCCCUGGCCGCUACGGCCACCUCAUCACUUGGGUGCAAUGGACAUGUAUCGCUCAUGGCGGCGCCAUUGCCGCGCAACCAGAUGUCACCACCAAAAUCCGUACGUUGUACCAAGUCUUGACCCAACGCUCCAAGACCCUGGACAACCUCCUGCUCCUGAAAGGAAAAUUGGACAUGCUCGAUGCACAGUUGUCCUACAGAAAGCAACUCGCGGCACAGAAAUCGGGGAGACGCGACGAUCAAGAUGAGCCCGGCAUAGUUUACAUCGAGGGUGCCGAUAAUUGGGACAGCGAGGACGAUCUCGACGAGGCGAUCGAGCGUCCCGUGAAACGCGCCAAGGCGAAGGGCAAAGCUGUAAAGAAGUCCUUGGAAGAUCUCAUUGCGGAUGGAAAUGGAGAUGCGGACAGUCAAGAGGACAUUGAGAUGCUUGAAGAUGACGCCGAGGAGUCGGAUGAGGAUGACGACGAGAGUGAAGAGGAUGAGGAUGAGGAUGAAGAUGGGCCAGCGGUCAACGGCCAGCGCGGCAUUUUGGUCGACGACAAAGCCGAAGUCUCCAGUGCCGAAGACUCCGACCCAGAUGACAAUGGCGACGGAGUCCAAGAGGACUUGUCAUCGGAUGAUGUAUCUUCUUCGGGUUCAGAUGACGAAAGUGGCGAUGAGGACGACGAGGAGGAAGAGGAUUCGGAGAUGGACAGCUUCAUCAACGACGGAUCGAUUGAAUUCGACAAUGAAGAGGAUGGCGUGCACAUCCCGGGCGACAGCGAGCCUGAGGAUGAGCCGGUGCCGGAUGUCAACCGUCUCAGCAAAAAGUCCAAGAAGAAGGCCUGA